CGCUUCAUACUCGCGUUACCAUCAACCGAGCUGUUUUCCGGAAGGGAAGGGGAAGCGGCGUGACGAGUCCACGCGCCGCCCGAGCAACUGUUCUUUCAUUCACAACAACUCCCUCGCGCGCGCACAUCGCUCCGGGGUGAGUUUGAGAAAACAGCCCGGAUCUCCUCUUCCCGUCAGCAGCGGCGAGGAGGCGGGGUGCUGGAGCUGUCGUGGGUGAAGGUCCACAGAGGAGCCCGGACAUGUCCGGACACAUCUGGGCAGACCAGCCAGCCAACCUCCACGCGCGGUGAGCUGACACUACGUAUAGGGCUUGAGCGGAAGGUUGUUUGUGUGACGCCCCUAUGUUUUUGUGAGGAGCUUUAAAACCGACGUGAAUGCAUUCAUCCGCUGAAGACUAGACGCCGCGAGUCUCUUCGUGCGGUUUCGGUCAUGUCCGUCCCGGUGAAAGUGAUAAGAGACGGGCUGCUGGAGAAGCGCAGCAGCGGGCUUCUCCAGCUGUGGAAGAAGAAGCGCUGCGUCCUCACGGAGGACGGGCUCCGCCUGCUCAGCUGCAAAGGCAGAGGCAGUGAUGCUCCGGGGUCGGCGUGGGGCUCCGGGGCCAAGGAGCUGCGCUUUGAACGCAUGGAAACGGUGGAGUGCGUGGAGUACAAGCGAGAGAUGGUCUACUUCACGGUGGUCAUGGCGAAAGGGAAGGAAAUAGACUUUCGGUGCGCGCAGGAGGGCACGCUGUGGAACGCGGAGAUCGCCUUGGCGCUGGUCCGAUACAAGAACCAGCAGGCCCUGCGGACCGGGAGGACCCGGUACCUGUACACGGCGCCCUUAGGCAGCACCGGAGAGGAUGAAGUGCUCUGACCGGAAGGCUCCCCACCUCCUCAGUUUGGGACUAAUGGAAGGUGAGGAGGGAUUCCCACAUUUUCUGUUUUGUUUCUUUUCUGCACAGCAUCAUGGGAUGUGAGGAAAACCCAACGGUGACGAUGGAUAACCGGACCAGGAACACGUACGCUGUUUGAAGUUUUUACUGGGAUGGCAACUUUUGUUCAUCAUAAAUGAACCAUUCAGAGACUUAUGGAAGAUUUAAAAAACAUUAGAAACUGUUAAACUUGAAAAUAGUUCACCCUUUGUGCCUUCUUGAUUCAAAAAUACUACUUAAAGCAUCAUUUUAAAGGAUUUUGACUAGACUUAACUCAUUCAUGAAGCUUAACAUGAAGAAUAUUUUUCUUCCCUGAAUUCUUUGGAAGAUUCUCUUAAGUGUGUUUUCUGAUGUGAUGCACAGUAUUACAAAUAUGUAAAUAAAUUCAUUCUUACGCA